AUGGAAAUUCACGACGACAACAAAAGAGUCAUCCCGAACCUCUCCCUAAUUCGCACACAUGUUUUCGAUAAAGUUGGUCCUAUGGAUACCACGCACAACAUCAGCAUGGUCCGCGUGAAUCUUGAGGAUGGCGCCGACACUGCGACUCUCACUGCUACAUCACUUGCACAGCAUGCUCCCCCCGGCAAGGGUAGAUAUCCAACCGGGCCAAAGUAUACUGUGGGCGGCGAGUAUUCCGUUGACCUUGUCAAGGAUGAAGCAGGUGUAUGGAAGAUUACGAAGUUGGCGUUGAACGUUGUCUGGACUCUAGGGGAUGCUUCAUUGAUGGGUGGCCCUCCGAAAUAG